UGUCAAUUCAAAAAAUUCGAUCGGAAAAGUUCGCUUUUUUACAAAUAAUUGGAAAAAAUGUUUCUUCAAAAUUUAAUACGUAAAUUACAUAAUUUGUCAAAAUUUCCAGCUAUACAUAGCCUAGCAACAAAGAAGCUCAAGACACUGCAGCCAAUGAGAAAGAGUCGACUCUUCGCCACAGUGCCGCCAACGAUGAGGCCCAGUGGACCGCAAAUAAGUGGUGGACAUACACCAAAGCCAAGAAUGACAACGAUGGGUGGCUUGCGUGAAUUUCUACUACAUCCGCUGACCUGGGAUCGCAAUAACGGUUACUUCAACAUACUACUCGGCUUAGCGAUAUUCGGUUACUGCUUUUGCACUGCGUGCAAGAGUGAGGCACCGCGCACAGUUUCGUAUGAACAAAAAGGAAAGAAAUAAAAAUGUACUUAAAUUACAAAAACAAGAAUAAAGAUGGGAAUCAACACAAAAAUAACAUAGAAUCAAA